UAGAAAGCUCAGAUAAAGAUCUGGAUAAGAAAAAAAUUAACGUUGCACCAAAGCCUUCAAAACGGAAAGGGAAAAAGCGGUCGACUUCCGCUGAUGAACCAGAAAUAUCACCAGCUCAUUUAGAAAAGGCAGAAAUCAAAGACCUUGAGGUGACUGUGACAACCCAGGCUGAUAGUAAAACUCAGCCCCAACAUGGUUCUAAACCACCUUUAGCACACGAGCUGCAGGAGAUGUCUCCUGAAAUAGCGUGUAGUGCAGAAAGCAGAAGGGCAGCAGCUGUACAGAACGAGGCCCCUGGACAUAAAGAGGAGGUGGAGCCUGCUCAGCUCCGUGCUGUGAAAACAAAACGGGAGGAUCUGGAAGGAAAUACAUUCUCACUGCAGCUGAGGGAAGCACACACAGCCCAAGCGUCACAGGCAGCCUCAGCCCAGGCCAGCCCCUACCCUGAGCAGGGGGAGCCUCCCAUUGUUGCACAACUUUUAGCCGCUCCUAAAGCACAGAGCAGCGAGGAGAAGCAAAAAGGGCUUUCAGUGAGCAAGGCAAACAAACAGCCUGUCACAACUGGCCCUCUCUCCACUCAUCAGGAGAUCAUUUGUAACACACGAUUCUUGUCAAAGGACGAAGCCGCCAUGCGGAAGAAAAUUGUUGUGGUGGAGGAGGUGAUAGAGGUCCAGCAACAGGUUCCUACUCCGGGUGCAGAUGGAAGCCAAACUGUGCCGCCCCCUAUACCCCAGAUAGCAGGAGAUGAUUUGGACUAUGAUGUCCUGGAGGAUCUGGCAAAGGAUCGCGGCCUCGUGCAGGAACCUAUCCAAGAGGUCACCUGGGACCACUCUCUUAACGAGCCAGACCCCAAAUUAUUCAACUUCAUAGAAGAUGAAAGGGACCGAGUGCAGAAGAAGACUUUCACAAAAUGGGUGAACAAACAUCUGAUAAAGCACGGGAAAGCAGAGGCACAACGGCACGUGACUGAUCUGUAUGAAGACCUGCGAGAUGGACAUAACCUGAUCUCUCUGCUGGAGGUUCUCUCCGGGGAAACACUGGCGAGAGAGAGGGACGUUGUGCGGAACUUGCGGUUGCCAAGGGAAAAAGGACGCAUGCGAUUCCACAAACUUCAAAAUGUACAGAUAGCACUGGAUUUUCUCAAACACCGGCAGGUCAAGCUGGUGAACAUUAGGAAUGAUGACAUAGCAGACGGCAACCCCAAGCUUACACUUGGGCUCAUAUGGACCAUCAUCCUUCACUUCCAGGUUUCAAGCUCUAUUUCAGACAUCCAGGUAAAUGGACAGUCUGAGGACAUGUCAGCCAAGGAAAAGCUGCUGCUCUGGUCCCAGAGAAUGGUGGACGGCUACCAAGGUUUGCGCUGUGACAACUUCACCACCAGCUGGAGGGAUGGCAAGCUCUUCAAUGCUGUUAUUCACAAACAUGAACCCAAACUCAUCGACAUGUCAAAAGUGUACCGCCAGACAAACUUGGAGAACCUGGAGCAGGCCUUCAGCGUGGCUGAGAGAGAGCUCGGUGUCACACGUCUGCUCGACCCAGAGGAUGUCGAUGUGGCUCAUCCUGAUGAGAAGUCCAUCAUCACAUAUGUUUCAUCUCUCUAUGAUGCCAUGCCUCGCUCACUUGAAGCUCACGGUGGUGUCAGGAUCAAUGAGCUGGAGCUGCGCUGGAAGGAGUACUAUGAACUGAUCACCAUCCUUCUUCAGUGGAUCAGACACCAUAUUGUCAUCUUUGAGGAAAGAAAGUUUCCAGCCAGCUAUGAGGAGAUUGAGAUCCUCUGGCGUCAGUUUUUGAGAUUUAAAGAGACUGAACUUCCAGCCAAGGAGUCAGACAAGAACCGCUCCAAACUCAUCUACCAAUCCUUUGAGAGUGCAGUUCAAGCUCGUCAGAUCAAAGUGCCACCUGGUUACCACCCCAUAGAUGUUGAAAAAGAAUGGGGGCGACUUCACGUCGCCAUCCUAGAAAGGGAGAGGCUGCUUAGAACUGAGUUUGAGAGGUUGGAGCGUCUACAGCGGAUAGUCAGUAAAGUGCAGUUGGAGUCCGGCGUGUGUGAGGAGCAACUGAACCAGCUAGAGACUCUCCUGCAGUCGGAUAUCAGACUCCUAAACGCAGGCAAGACAGCCCAGCAUGCUGUCGAGCUGGACAGAGGCUUAAACAAAUCUGAAGAAUUGAUUCGUCUCCUCUUCAAUGACGUGCAGAUUCUUAAAGAUGGCCACCAUAUUCAAGCCGAACAGAUGUACCGCAGGGUUUAUCGUCUUCAUGACCGUCUGGUGAACCUGCGCAGUGACUAUAACCUGAGACUAAAAUCAGGACUCGUGGCUGCUCAAGUUUCUCAAAGUCAGGCACAGAGUUCACGUCUGCGGCCUGAGCUGGAUGAGGUGACACUGCGCUACGCACAGGACCUUUUGGCUUGGGUGGAGGAGAACCAGCGCAGGAUUGAAACUGCUGAGUGGGGCUCAGACCUACCCACUGUAGAGUCGAAUUUGGGCAGCCACAGAGGCCUCCACCAGACAGUGGAAGACUUCAAAUCAAAGAUUGACCGUGCUCGAGCUGAUGAGAAUCAGCUCUCUCCUGUAAGCAAGAACACUUACAGAGAGUACCUUGGCAAACUGGAUCUUCAGUAUGCUAAGCUCUUGAAUUCAUCUAAAUCACGCCUGAGGCACCUUGAGCAGCUCCAUGCUUUUGUUACUGCCGCCACUAAAGAGCUAAUGUGGCUGAAUGAUAAGGAAGAAGAGGAGGUCAACUAUGACUGGAGCGAACGUAACACCAACAUGACUGCAAAGAAAGAGAACUACUCAGGGCUGAUGCGAGAGCUGGAGCUUAAAGAGAAGAAGAUUUCUGACAUCCAGGCGACUGGGGACAGACUCAUUAAAGAGGGCCAUCCAGGCAAAAAGACCGUAGAGGCUUUUACUGCAGCCCUGCAGACUCAGUGGAGUUGGAUCCUCCAGCUUUGCUGCUGUAUUGAAGCUCAUCUCAAGGAGAACACUGCAUACUACCAGUUCUUUGCUGACGUCAAAGAGACAGACGAGAGGAUUAAGAAGAUGCAGGAUGCCAUGAAGAAAAAGUACACAUGCGAUCGUUCUACCACAGCAACCCGUCUAGAAGACCUGCUUCAAGACGCUAUGGAUGAGAAUGAACAGCUGAAUGAGCUGAAGACUUGCGUGGCUGGCCUGAACAAGAGAGCCAAGAGCAUCAUCCAGCUUAAACCCCGCAACCCCACCACUCCCAUCAAAGGCAAACUGCCCGUUCAAGCAGUGUGUGACUUCAAACAAAUGGAGAUCACCGUGCACAAGGGAGAUGAAUGUGCGCUCCUUAACAACUCACAGCCCCAAAGGUGGAAGGUGCUGAACCAGUCCGGCAAUGAGGCCAGCGUACCUUCUGUGUGCUUUAUUGUGCCACCAGUGAACAAAGAUGCUGUAGAGAGUGUGUCUAAUAUGGAUGCUGGUGUUCAGCAGAUGACGUUGCUGUGGCAGAGACUGCAUGGUGAUAUGAAGAGUCUGCUGUCCUGGCAGUACCUAAUAAGGGAUAUCCAGCUUAUCCGUUCCUGGAACAUUACCAUGCUAAAGACCAUGAAGGUGGAUGAGUAUAGGCAGAUUUUGCGGAAUUUGGAGCUUCACUACCAGGACUUCCUGCGCGACACUCAGAACUCUCAAAUCUUCAAUCCAAAUGAACGCAUGCAGACUGAGAAAGAAUACAAAACCACAACACAGUACUAUGAGGACCUGCUCCAUACUUUGGAAAAAGGACCAGUUUUUAGACCUAAGGGUGAACAGGAUGAGUCUGUGUGUAAGACCUACAUCACACAAAUCAAAGACCUGCGCUUAAAGAUUGAGGAUUGUGAGGCACGAACUGUAGCCCGCAUUCGCCAGCCAGUGGAAAAGGACCCACUCAAGGAUUGCCUUCAAAAAGCCACUGACCAGAGAAAGGUACAUGUCGAACUGGAUGGCAUUAAGAAGAACCUGGAUAAGGUGACUCAGAAGGCAGAAGAGGUAAUAGCUUCUCCCGAGCAGUCCAGCACUCCAGUCUUGCGGUCUGAGCUGGAUAUCACCAUUCAGAAGAUGAGCAAUACAUACAACCUGUCCUCAGUUUACCUCGACAAGCUGAAGACAAUUGAACUGGUGAUUCGCAAUACACAAGGGGCUGAAGACAUUCUCAAGAAGUAUGAAGAUCGCCUCCGCACAGUUUACACUGUCCCAACAGAUAUCAAGGAAGUAGAAACCCAUCGGACUGAGCUCAAGAAAAUGCGAAGUGAAGCUGAGGGCCAGAAGCCUGUCUUUGACGCCCUUGAGGAAGAGUUGACCAAGGCCACUUCCGUGAGCGAGCGCAUGACCCAGGUACACAGAGAGAGGGACAUUGAGCUGGACCACUACAAGCAGCUCAUUUCCAACCUGCAGGAGCGCUGGCAUGCGAUCUUCACCCAAAUCGACCUGCGCCAACGUGAACUGGAGCAGCUCGGCAGGCAACUUGGCUAUUACCGUGAGAGCUAUGACUGGCUCAUCCGCUGGAUCGCAGACGCAAGACAGAGGCAGGAGAAGAUCCAGGCUGUGCCCAUUAUUGACAGCAAGACAUUAAAGGAACAACUGGCUCAGGAGAAGAGGCUUUUGGAGGAGAUUGAAAAAAACAAAGAUAAAGUUGACGAAUGUCAGAAAUAUGCCAAGACUUACAUUGAUACCAUUAAGGACUAUGAACUGCAGCUGGUUGCUUACAAGGCCCAGGUGGAACCCCUCACCUCACCAGUAAAGAAGACCAAGAUGGAUUCUGCCUCUGAUGACAUCAUUCAGGAAUACGUUACUCUGAGAACUCGGUAUAGUGAGUUGAUGACUUUGACCAGCCAGUACAUCAAGUUCAUCACAGACACGCAGAGCCGCCUACAGGACGAGGAGAAAGCUGCUGAGAAACUUAAAGAGGAGGAGAGGAAAAAAAUGGCUGAAAUGCAAGCCGAGUUAGAGAAACAGAAGCAGCUAGCUGAGGCCCAUGCGAAAGCCAUUGCCAAAGCAGAGAAAGAGGCACAGGAACUCAAACUCAUGAUGCAAGAAGAAGUUAGCAAAAGAGAGUUUGUUGCUGUGGAUGCCAAGAAGCAAAAGCACAAUAUUCAGCAAGAGUUGCACGAACUUAAAACCCUUUCAGAGCAGCAGAUCAAUGCUAAGAGUCAACAGGUGGAGGAGGCCCUUCAGAGUAGAGUCAAAAUAGAAGAGGAGAUUCGUGUUAUUAGGCUGCAAUUGGAAACAACAUUAAUGCAAAAAUCUACUGCAGAGAUGGAGCUAAAGCAGCUCAGGGACAAUGCCGCUGAGGCUGAGAGACUUCGUAAAGCAGCUCAAGAAGAGGCGGAGAAGCUUCGCAAACAGGUGAAUGAAGAAUCUCUAAAGAAGCGCAAAGCAGAGGAGGAGCUAAAGCUUAAGUUUGAAGCAGAAAGAGAGGCUGCUAAACAAAAGCAGAAGGCCUUGGAGGACCUUGAUCAACUUCAAAAGCAAGCGGAAGAAGCAGACAGGCGCAUGAAGCAGGCCGAGGUUGAGAAAGACAAACAGAUCAAGCUUGCCCAUGAAGUGGCACAGAAAAGUGCUACUGCCGAGCUUGAGAGCAAGCGCAUGUCUUUUGUUGACAAGACAUCAAAACUGGAAGAAUCACUUAAAGAGAAGCAUGGAACUGUCAUCCAACUGCAAGAGGAAGCAGAACGCCUGAAAAAGCAGCAGGUUGAAGCAGACAAAGCAAGAGAAGACGCUGAAAGGGAACUAGAAAAAUGGAGGCAAAAAGCCAAUGAGGCCCUUCGCUUAAGGCUUCAGGCUGAGGAAGAAGCUCACAAAAAGUCUCUUGCCCAGGAAGAGGCAGAAAAACAGAAAGAGGAGGCUGAACGGGAGACCAAGAAACGGGCUAAAGCUGAAGAGUCUGCGCUGAAGCAAAAGGAUAUGGCAGAGGAAGAAUUGGAGAGGCAGAGGAAACUAGCUGAAUAUACAGCUCAGCAGAAGCUCUCAGCUGAACAGGAGCUUAUUCGUUUAAGGGCUGACUUUGAACAUGCAGAACAGCAGAGAUCUCUUCUUGACGAUGAGCUUUAUCGCUUGAAAAAUGAGGUAAAUGCUGCUGUGCAACAACGGAAACAACUUGAAGAUGAACUGGCAAAAGUCAGAAGUGAAAUGGACAUACUUAUACAGCUUAAAUCCAAAGCUGAGAAGGAGAGUAUGUCUAACACUGAAAAAAGUAAGCAGCUUAUUGAAGCUGAAGCUGCUAAAAUGAGGGAUCUUGCAGAGGAGGCAGCCAAGCUUCGCGCAAUUGCUGAAGAAGCAAAAAGACAGAGGCAGGUAGCUGAAGAGGAAGCUGCCAGACAAAGAGCAGAAGCUGAAAGAAUAUUAAAGGAAAAACUUGCUGCAAUCAAUGAGGCUACUCGCCUUAAAACAGAGGCAGAAAUAGCACUUAAGGAAAAAGAAGCAGAAAAUGAGCGCCUCCGAAGGCAAGCAGAAGAUGAGGCAUACCAAAGGAAGGCUCUUGAAGAUCAGGCUAGCCAACACAAACAAGACAUUGAAGAGAAAAUCAACCUGCUUAAAAAAUCUUCUGAUAUGGAAUUAGAAAGACAGAAAACAAUUGUAGAUGAAACUCUCAAACAAAGAAGAAUUGUUGAAGAGGAGAUUCGCAUUUUAAAACUUAAUUUCGAAAAGGCAUCGUCUGGCAAACUUGAUUUGGAGCUAGAAUUAAAUAAACUAAAGAAUAUUGCAGAUGAAACUCAGAAGAGCAAGCUACAAGCUGAAGGGGAAGCAGAAAAAUUCCGUAGACUGGCCUUGCAGGAAGAGAACAGGAGGAGAGAAGCUGAGGAAAUGGUCAAAAAGAUUGCUGCGGCAGAGCAGGAAGCAGCACGACAACGACAGGCUGCCCAGGAGGAGGUGGAGCGUCUCAAAAAGAAGGCAGAAGAAGCCAAAAAGCAAAAGGAGGAUGCUGAUAAAGAAGCUGAGAGGCAAAUUUUUGUUGCACAAGAGGCAGCUCAGAAAUGUUCUGCUGCCCAAAUGCAAGUCCAGAGUGUCCUUGUCCAACAGAAGGAAGAUAGUCUUGUACAGAAGAAACUACAAGAAGAGUAUGAAAAAGCUAAAAAACUUGCAGAUGAAGCAAAUAAAGCCAAAGAAAAGGCUGAAAAAGAAGCUGCCCUUCUUCGUCAACAAGCAGAGGACGCUGAACAUCAGCGCCAAGCUGCCGAAGUUGAAGCUGCACGCCAGGCAAAGGCCCAGGAAGAUGCUGAGAGACUGAGAAAGGAGGCUGAGAUAGAGGCAACCAUACGUGCUCAGGCAGAGGCUGCUGCCCUGAAACAAAAGCAACAAGCUGAUGCAGAAAUGACAAAGCACAAAUCAUUAGUAGAGCAUACUCUUAAGCAGAAGUCGCAAGUGGAGCAAGAGCUUACCAAGGUAAAACUUCAGCUGGAUGAAACUGACAAACAAAAAUCCCUUUUGGAUGUGGAGCUUCAUCGCCUUAAGGAUGAGGUCAGUGAGGCUGUUAAACAGAAGGCCCAAGUGGAAGACGAACUAUUCAAGGUAAAGAUUCAAAUGGAGGAGCUAAUCAAACUCAAGUAUAAAAUUGAAGAAGAAAAUCAGCGUCUUAUGCGAAAGGACAAAGAUAGCACUCAAAAGUUCUUGGCCGAGGAGGCUGAAAACAUGAAAAAGUUAGCAGAAGAAGCUGCUAGACUCAGUGUAGAGGCUCAGGAGGCAGCACGCAUGAGACUGAUAGCAGAGUCUGACCUUGCUCAGCAAAGGGCCCUUGCUGAAAAAAUGCUCAAGGAAAAGAUGCAAGCUAUUCAGGAAGCGUCCAAACUGAGAGCUGAGGCAGAGAUGCUUCAGAGACAAAAAGACCUUGCUCAAGAGCAGGCUCAAAAGCUGCUUGAAGACAAACAGCUAAUGCAGCAACGACUCGAAGCAGAAACAGAGGGCUUCCAAAAAUCAUUAGAAGCUGAGCGCAGAAGACAAUUAGAGAUAGCCGCCGAAGCCGAGAAACUUAAGCUCCAGGUGUCUCAGUUAAGUGAUGCCCAUACAAAGGCUGAAAAAGAGGCAAGGAAAUUUAAAAAGCAGGCAGAUGAAAUCAGUGCCUGUCUUCAUGAGACUAAGCUUGCCACAACAGAGAAAAUGACUAUUGUUGAAAAACUGGAAGUGCAGCGAUUAAGCAGUGACAGAGAAGCGGAUGAUCUACGCAAAGCAAUUGCUGAUCUUGAAAGAGAAAAGGCUAAAUUGAAAAAAGACGCUGAAGAUUUGCAGAAAAAGUCUAAAGAGAUGGUUAAUGCUAAGCAGGAACAAAUUGAACAAGAAAAAACAAUCCUUCAUCAAACAUUUACCUUGGAAAAAGAAAUGCUGUUAAAGAAGGAAAAGCAAAUUGAAGAUGAUAAAAAGAAGCUGGAAAACCAGUUUGAAGAAGAAGUAAAAAAAUCCAGAGCUCUUAAGGACGAACAAGAGCGUCAGCAAAAACAGAUGGAAGCAGAGAAAAAGAAACUUCAGGCCACCAUGGAUGCUGCUCUUAAGAAACAACAAGAAGCCGAAGAAGAAAUGCGCAGAAGACUGAAAGAGAUGCAAGACCUAGAACGAAAAAAGCUUGAUCAGGAGAAACACCUUGCUGAGGAAAACAAGAAACUACGUGAAAAACUUGAGCAGCUUGAAGUCGUUCAUCAACAACAAAUAUCUCGCACUCAGGAAAUUGUGAGCCAACCUGUUGGCUUCAAUGGCCAAAGUGUCGAAGUUGACAGCAGAAAUGGAGACUCUGCCUUACUUUUUGAUGGCAUCCGUGAAAAGGUUCCUGCAAGCCGUCUGUUAGAUGUAGGCCUCUUGAGCAAAAUGGAUUAUGACAGCUUAACCAAAGGGAAGAUCACAGCGCAAGAGCUUAGCCAGACAGAAAAGCUUAAGACAUUUUUAAAGGGUGGAAACUGCAUUAGUGGCUUGCUUGUUCAUCCCAACCGUAAAAUGCCUAUCUAUCAAGCCAUAAAAGAGAAAAAAAUUGCAUCAGGCACUGGUUUAAUAUUACUUGAGGCACAGGCAGCCUCUGGAUACAUUGUUGACCCUAUGAAUAACAAGAAGCUAACUGUCAAUGAGGCAGUGAAGGAGGGUCUCAUUGGGCCUGAACUGCAUAACAAAAUGUUGUCUGCUGAGAGAGCUGUUACUGGUUACAAGGACCCUUACACAGAGGCAAAGAUUUCACUCUUUGAAGCCAUGAAGAAAGGUCUAAUUACGGAAGACCAUGCCAUCAGACUGCUCGAAGCUCAGAUUGCAACCGGAGGAAUCAUUGACCCAGUCCAUAGUCACCGUGUAACUGUUGAAACGGCCUAUAAGCAAGGUCUGUUUGAUGCCGCGAUUAAGAAAGUUCUCGAGGACCCCUCAGAUGACACAAAAGGAUUCUUUGAUCCAAACACCCAAGAAAAUCUCACCUACUUGCAGUUAAUGAAAAGAUGCAUUAAUGAUCCUGAAACAGGAUUUCUCCUUCUACCAAUUUCAGAGAAGUCUGCUUUGAAUGCCAAAACAUUCACUGAUGAAGAAACCAAAGACAUAUUUAGUAAGACAACUGUGUCUGUGCCGUUUGGAAAAUUCAAAGGAAAGACUGUUACAAUCUGGGAAAUAAUUAAUUCUGAGUACUUUACAGAGGACCAAAGAAAAGAUCUAAUUCGCCAGUACAAAACAGGCAAGAUUACAGUUGAAAGGAUUAUCAAGAUUAUAAUCAGUGUUGCUGAGGAAAAAGAGAAAAAGAACGAGCUUGAAUUUGAUGGCAUUAGAGCACCUGUUCCUGCAGCAGAGCUACUUGAAUCCAAGGUUAUUGACAAAGACCUCUAUAACAAGCUACACAAAGGAAAUACAACUGUCAAAGAGGUGUCUGAAAUUGAGCCUGUGCAUAAAGCCCUGAAAGGCUCGAACUGCAUUGCAGGUGUAGUCAUUGACUCAACCAAAGAAACAAUGUCCUUCUACCAGGCUAUGAAAAAAGAGAUGAUGAGACCAGAGCCUGCCCUAAGUCUGUUAGAAGCUCAAGCUGCAACUGGAUAUAUCAUUGACCCUGUCAAAAAACAGAAGCUUACAGUAGACGAAGCAGUAAAGGCAGGUCUUGUUGGUCCUGAGUUACACGAAAAACUGUUAUCUGCAGAGAGAGCUAUCACAGGGUACAGAGAUCCUUACACUGGAAAAAACGUUUCUUUAUUUGAGGCUAUGAAAAAAGAAUUGAUUAACAAAGACCAGGGAGUCAGAUUCCUUGAUGCACAGUUGGCCACAGGAGGCAUCAUAGACCCUGUUAAAAGCUAUCACAUUCCACAGGACAUCGCCUGUAAGCGAGGUUACUUAGAUGAUGAAACACUUAAGGUCUUGAGUACCCCAACAGAUGACAUCAAGGGUUUCUAUGACCCAAACACACAGGAGUAUGUCACAUAUCUGCAGCUUCAAAAGAGAUGUAUCACUGACAAAAAGACUGGACUUCAGCUUCUACCCCUGUCUGAACAAGCAAUUAAAGCUAAACAAGAACAGAAGUUCACUGAGGCACAGACCAAGGAAGCCAUGACCCAGGGAACAGUAGAGGUUCAAAGUGGACCAUUCAAAGGAAGAAAAGUUACCAUCUGGGAGAUUAUCAACUCUGAAUAUCUCACUGAGGAGCAAAGACUUGAUUUGCUGAGGCAGUACAGGUCUGGAAAGGUGACAAUUGAGAAGAUUAUAAAGAUUUUAAUUACAAUUGUGGAUGAGAAAGAAUCCAAGAAACAAGAGCAGUUCGCUUUCAAAGGUCUCAGGGCACCUGUCCCAGCUAAGUCUCUGUUUGAAUCUAACAUAAUUGAUAAAGAUACAUAUGGCUUGCUUCAACAAGGUAAGAAGUCUCCAAAUGAAGUCAGCAAAAACAACUUUGUUAAUAAGUAUCUGCAAGGCUCAGAAAGCAUUGCUGGAAUAUACCAUGAACCUACAAAGGAGAAACUUAGCAUCUAUCAAGCAAUGAAAAAUAAACUCUUGAGACAGAACACAGGGAUUGCUUUGCUUGAAGCCCAAGCUGCUACAGGUUUCAUUGUGGAUCCUGUAAGAAAUCAGUUUCUCACGGUUGAUGAUGCAGUUAAAGCAGGUCUUGUGGGACCCGAGCUUCAUGAAAAACUUCUCACUGCUGAAAAAGCUGUUACUGGCUACAAAGACCCAUUCACCGGUAAAAUCAUCUCCUUGUUCCAAGCCAUGCAAAAAGAGCUCAUACCCAAAGAGCAUGCAGUGCCCCUCUUGCAGGCACAGAUUUCCACUGGAGGCAUUAUCGACCCUGUCAAUAGUCAUCGAAUUCCUAUUGACGUGGCAUACCAGCGGGGAUAUUUCAGCAAGGAAAUGGCUACUAGCAUUGCUGAAUCCUCAGAUAUAAACAAGACCUUUUUUGACCCAGAAACUGAUGAAAGUGUGUCAUAUAAACAGUUGAAAGACAGAUGUAUGACUGACCCAGAGACAGGCUUAAACAUCUUGCGUCUGUCUAAACCACAGUCACCAACAGUGGUGGAAAAGACUUUCCUUUAUACCGAAGAACAAAGCCAGAGUGAUCUAUCCAGUACUCCAGUUGACCUCCCAAUUGAAGGUCUUACUCAAGGCUCAAUGUCCCUCUGGGAUAUCAUGAACUCAAACCUACUACCAGAGGAAGAAAGGAAAAAACUAUUGGAUGAAUAUCGCUCAGGAAAAAUUACUAAAGAGCGAAUGAUAAUUAUAAUCAUUGAAAUAAUGGAGCAGAGAGAAAUUAUCAGAGGUGAGAACAUUAAGACGUGCAAUACGAUCAGACGUCGGAUUACUAUUGAAGAACUCUAUAGUGCCCGUGUCAUUGACCUGGAUACCUACAACCUGCUGAAGCAGGAGAAAAUGACAAUACGUGAGGUCAUGGAAUUGCAGAGUGUAAGAAAGUAUUUGUAUGGUACUGGCAGUGUUUCUGGUGUUGCAAUUAAUCCCAAAACGAAAGCGAGUAUUUACCAAGCAAUGAAAAGAGGACUAAUAAAGCCAGAAGAUGCCAUUUCCCUCUUGGAAGCACAGGCAGCCACUGGUUUUAUCAUCGAUCCCGUAAGAAAUGAGAUGCUCACUGUUGAUGAAGCAGUUCGUAAAGGAGUGGUAGGACCAGAACUUCAUGAUAAACUUUUAUCAGCAGAAAGAGCUGUCACUGGAUACAAGGAUCCAUACAGUGGCAAAAUAAUAUCCCUCUUUCAGGCAAUGAAAAAAGAUCUGGUGCCAGAGGACUAUGCUAUGAGGCUGCUUCAGGCUCAGGCAGCCACGGGAGGUAUCAUAGAUCCAGAAUAUAAUUUCCAUCUGCCAGCAGAUAUUGCCACACAACGUGGCUACAUCAACAAGGAAACGUAUGAAAAACUUUCUGAUGAAACUAAGGGAUAUGUGGAUCCUAUCACUGAUGAAAAACUCUCGUAUGCACAGCUGCUCAAGAGAUGCCGAUUUGAAACAGAUGGAUUUUAUCUGCUACCUUUAGCAGAAAAAAGACUAGUGUUAAAGGGUCUCAGAAAAGAUGUCUCACUGGAAGAAUUAUUACGCACACAUAUCAUUGAUGCAAAAACAGCUUCAGAGCUUAAUGAGGGUUUGGUGACAGUUGAAGAAAUGAACUCCAGGCUCAAGGAGUACCUUGAAGGAACGGGAUGUAUUGCUGGUGUGUUUGUGGAAACAACUAAAGACCGGCAUUCCAUAUAUCAAGCAAUGAAAAAGAACAUGAUCAGGCCAGGAACAGCCUUUGAAUUGCUGGAGGCUCAAGCAGCUACAGGAUACAUCAUUGACCCGAUCAAGAACUUAAAACUUACUGUCAUUGAAGCUGUCAAAAUGGGAAUUGUGGGUCCAGAGUUCAAAGACAAGCUCUUGUCUGCAGAACGGGCUGUUACUGGCUACAAAGAUCCUUACUCCGGUAAAACCAUCUCUCUCUUCCAGGCUAUGAAAAAAGAUCUUAUUCUGAAGGACCAUGGCAUUCGUCUCCUUGAAGCUCAGAUUGCCACUGGAGGAAUAAUUGACCCAGAGGAGAGUCACCGAUUGCUUGUGGAAGAUGCCUACAGCCGAGGCCACUUUGAUGAAGAGAUGAAUGACAUUCUCUCUGAUCCUUCUGAUGAUACCAAGGGCUUCUUCGACCCAAAUACAGAGGAGAAUCUAACCUAUCUGCAGCUAAAGGACAGAUGUAUUCGAGACCCAGAGACUAAUCUUUUGCUUUUGCCACUAAAAGAAAAGAAAAGAGAGAAACAGACAUCAUCCAAAUCCUCAGUUCGCAAACGCAGAGUCGUUAUUGUUGAUCCGGACUCAGGCCGAGAAAUGUCUGUGUAUGAGGCUUAUCGCAAAGGGCUCAUUGAUCAUCAAACAUAUCUUGAACUUGCAGAGCAGGAAUGUGAAUGGGAGGAAAUAACAAUUACAUCAUCUGAUGGUGAGGAAAAGUCUAUAAUCAUUGACAGAAGGUCAGGUCACCAGUAUGACAUUGCUGAUGCUCUGGCAAGAGGGCUAAUUGAUCAAUCUACACUUGAGCAGUAUCGUACUGGCAACCUUGCAAUUACCGAAUUUGCUGACAUGUUGUCUGGAAACAUGGGUGGCUUUCGUUCCCGCUCGUCAUCCUUUGGAUCCACUUCAUCCUAUCCAAUGAGUCCCAUACCCUCAAUCAAAACGCCUACAACCAUAUGGAAUGAUCCAACUGAAGAGACUGGACCUGUGGCAGGAAUUCUUGAUACAGACACUCUGGAGAAAGUUUCAAUCACUGAAGCCAUGCAUCGUAACUUAGUUGACAGUAUUACAGGCCAGAGACUCCUAGAAGCACAAGCUUGCACUGGUGGAAUAAUUGACCCAACAACUGGAGAAAAGUUUGCAGUUGCAGAAGCAACCAGCAAGGGUCUUAUAGAGAGGAUAAUGGUUGACAGAAUCAACCUAGCACAGAAGGCCUUUAAUGGCUUUGAGGAUCCUAAAACCAAAGCAAAAAUGUCUGCUGCUCAGGCCCUCAAGAAAGGCUGGCUCUAUUAUGAGGCUGGUCAGCGUUUUCUGGAGGUGCAGUAUCUUACUGGUGGCCUUAUUGAACCAGAGGCUGAAGGAAGAGUUUCUCUGGAGGAAGCUAUCAAGAGAGGCAUCAUAGAUGGUCGUACAGCUCAAAAGCUAAGGGAUGCAAGUUCUUAUUCUAAAUACAUCACAUGCCCCAAAACCAAACUGAAGAUUUCCUAUAAGGAUGCAAUGGACAGAAGCAUGGUUGAAGAGGGAACAGGACUGAGACUGCUGGAAGCCUGCUCACAGUCUAGUAAAGGCCUUUACAGUCCUUACAAUGUCAGUGGUUCUGGGUCUGCAGCUGGUUCAAGAUCUGGAUCUAGGACAGGAUCUAGAUCAGGCUCAAGAAGAGGCAGUUUUGAUGCCACUGGCUCUGGCUUGAGCAUGAAUUUCUCCUCAUCUUCCUACACAUCCUCCGGUUAUUCUCGCAGAUUUUAAUACUGACCCACCCAAACCCACCAACA